AUGAAUCCGGUGCCAUCCACCUUCGGCACACGCCUCCACACCCUUCAAGUGCACGCCAUGAAGAUGCGCUCGGCGACGGUGGAGGCGGCGAGGGAGCCGCCGCACAGUCAGGGGCGAACUUUGAGUGCGGCGCAAAUCAAGGCCUACCUCCCGUGCUACCAAUUCCUCGUGACUGGCGUGACGGAUAUCAUUAUGCAGUGGAAUCCGUUCGCCGGCCAGUACGGGCAGUACGAGGUGCAGGGCUGCGAGGGCGUCUCGCCGCAGCUGUACCACCCGGUCGGUUUCGCCAUCGAGGCUGGCGGCGCCCACGCCCAGUGCCCCCCCCUUUCGGGAAACGAGUGCCCUGAGGUGGAGGGGCGGGAGUACCUGCAGUACUUCGUCAACACCGCCCCGGCCUGGAACUCCGCCGACCCCAACGACUUCGGCCUGGACAGCUACGAGCCCCUCUUCUUCAACUCGAGAGACCACUGGAGUCAGGUCAAUUACCACGCGAAGCUCCUCGUCCCGGCGAACGGGUGCUUCGACGGCGCUUGCUACAAGAAGAUCUUCUACUUCUCUCAGCCUGCGCUGACGGCUGACGGCUACGCGUGCGCUGGCGCUAUGGGGGGCUGUACCGACCAACUCUACGACGUCAACUUUGAGAAAAUCACUCUCCCGAGCUCCUUCGACCUCGGCUGCGGCACGUGGGACUCGGAGCCCUACUCGAACGACCACGGCUCGUGCACGGGCAAGAAGUUCCUCUGCGGCGCCGGCGCCCAAACGUCGUUCUCGCAGUGCCUCGAGGCCGCCGAUUGCCAGAUGCACCACGAGAUGGCGACCCAGAUCGAAGCGAACGACGGCCCUCUGGUCUCGUUCGCCAAGCAGAUGAUUCCGCACCACGCGAACGCGGUGGCGCAGGCCAAAUCGCUCAUGAAGUACAUGACGAACCAGGAGGUGGCAGGGCUCGGCCUCGAUUACGACGAGUACUACGCCCUCGCGCAAGAGAUUGUGCGCCUUGAAACACAGCCGUUUGCACCGCUCCGAUUCGCCGACUGCACCCUUCUCCUCCAUGGGCUCGAUCCGAUUCCGCAGCGUGUCGUCCUCAGCGGCGGUGAGAUUCUGCGGUCUAUGUUCGCCGUUCUCGCCCUCGUGCCGGCGGCACCGGCGGCACCGGCGGUGACUGAGCCGUGCGUCUGUGCUUUGAAUUGGACGUAUCCAGACAGCGGCCAGGCUUGCAGCGAGACGCAGUUCGGUUGCCCGCCGGUCGCGUGCGACGGACCGUACCCACCGUGGUGCGUCGUCGAGUCGCUGCCGUGCACCGACCCUGACCCUGAUUCAGGCAUCAACACUGGCUUGUACGGCGGUGAUUGGAUUAAUUGCAAGCCGGAGUAUUCGCCACCGCCGCCGCCGAUGCCACCCUUUUCUGUUUUUCGCAUCGGCGCCCUCUUGCCGCGGCAGCUGCCAAGCGGCGAGUUGAUGCACCUGGGUCGGGCAGAGGACCUGACGUCCGUGCUCAUGGCAAUCGAGGAGAUAAACAACAAAACUGACGGCGUGGCGGACGACCUGCUUCCAAACACGAAGCUUUUGCUCGCGCACCGCGACUCGCGCUGCGACGCGGAGUUCAGCUUCGACGCGGCGUACGAGCUGCUCCGUCGCGCCUUUGGUGGGGCGGGCGUUCACGCGCUUAUCGGUGCAUUCUGCUCGAGCGCGUCGAUCUCCGCUGCGAGGCUGGCGGCGCUGGCGGACACGCCGCAAGUCUCACAUGCGUCCACGAGCUCAGAACUGAGCGGCGACGACUUUCCCUUUUUCGCGCGGGUUUCCACCUCUGGUUCCCUCAUGGCUAUGGGUUUGGCUGAGGCCACUCGAAACCUCCUCGGCGUCAAGCGCGUGGCCACCAUUGCGUGCACGGACGCAUAUUGCACCGCCAGCAUGGCGGCCUUUGAGGCGGCCGCAUCUGCUCAAGGAGUCACCCUCAUUGAGUCUGUCAGCUUCGAAAACGGUCAGAGCAACCUCGGCGAGCCCCUCGCUGCUCUGCGCGCCUCGCGUGCGACCGUCUUCGUCACCAUUGCUCAGCCAGAAGAUGCAGAUCGCCUUUUGGAGCAAGCCCUCGGUGCACGGCUCGUCGGCCCUGAAUUCACCUGGGUUGGCUUGAUCGGUCUAUUCGAAGGGCUGGGCUCGCUGGCCGGCCGUGGCCUACCCGUGGACGAUUUCCGCGGAAUGCUCGCGAUCACAAACUCAAUCGUGCCAAGCGUGGCGUACGACGGCUACGCCUCCCGCAAGCGCGCGCGGCCAUCCACGCUCGGCGACGGGACAAAUUGCGACCCGGCAGAGGACGACGAGGGGCACAAACUCUGGUCAGUUGAUACCGAUGAGGAUACCAUGGCGCCACGCUGCUUCGGUGCCAACAAUCAGUUUCCCGAGAGCGCCUACGCCCCGAGAGCUUACGACGCUGUGUACGCUGUGGCGCACGCAGUCCAAGCGCUGGUGGACGACCCGCACGUUCAGCAUGUUGACGGCGACGCGCUGAUGGCGGCCCUUCUCUCCGUCCAGUUCGAGGGCGUGACGGGCAACAUCUCCUUCUCGUCCGAGCCGGCCACCCUCGGCGACCGCGCGGAUGGCGUCCUUUACGACGUAAUGAACGCGAACGCAUCCGGCGCGUGGGUCAAGCUGGGCACCUGGCAGCCGGCCGACAACUGGGAGCAGAGCUUUGCCGGCAACGGUCAGGCGCUGACGAGGCCAACGCCCGACAACAGCAAGCCGCCACAGCUCGUGGGCGAUACGCUGCGCGUCGGAGUCUUUUGUAAUAAAUCGCCAAGGUUCUUCCUAUACGAGCAAUGCCAGCAUGUGAUGCACAUCAUUGACCGCAUCAAUGACAAGAAGGACGGCUUCCUCGACGACUUACUUCCGGAUCACAGGCUCUUCUACUCUAUGGUUCAGAUAUGGGAAGGCUGUUCCGAGACUGAGGCCAUUCGAAGCCAGUUCGAGCAGCUGGAUUCCGACUUGAAUGGAGUGGUCGCCACCAUCGGCCCGUUCUGUUCGGAUAACGUGGCCGCUGUGACAGCCACCGAGUGGCGCGCUGGACCCGACAUCUCUACCGUCGUGCUCUCGCCGUCGUCGACGGCUCCGAUCUUGGCGAACGUGGGCGCAUACCCGAACCUGUUGCGCCUCUCGAGCAACGACAAGCACGUCACGUCUGCCCUUGCCGCACUCGCAGAGCGGCUGAGAUGGCAAGCCAUUUGCGUGCUCCAUGACGACAGUCUAUGGGGACGCGGGGUCAUGCAGUCUUUCACCUCAGCCUUUGAGAGCUCGGGUGGGAAAAUCGUAAACAAUGGCACGGCGGAAUUUUCCAAGGCAGCUUUUGACGGCGGCAAGUUGACAGGGAGCGACCUGCUCGACCAGCUCGAAGACUGUUCUUCGCAAAUCAUCCUCCUUGUCGCCUACCCGGAUGCGCAGCGGGCUGUGUUCGCUGCCGCCUACGACGAACGUCGGCUUUGGGGGCUGGGCUACGGUUGGCUCAACGCGUAUCCGACUGAGUUGGCCCUCUACAAUGAAGAUGGGUCGGUGAACUCGUCCGCUGUGCAUGGCUCGGAAGGGGUUCUCGGAGUCAUCGAGUCAUCCGGCGUAAGCAGCGCCUCCGACCUCAGCCUAAAUUAUCAGGCGCUGUGGGGUGAGGUGUCGAGCAGUCGAGGCUGCACCAACAUGAGCCCGCACUCCCGACCCUUCUGCGACCACGACGACGACGCCUGGACGCUUCCCGAUUACACGGCAUUGUACGUGGAUGCAGUGCUCAAGCUCGCAGUGUCUGCCGAUGCUGCGAUCCGCAACGGCUCACGGCCAGGAGACGCAGAUGCGCUGUACGCGACGAUGCUGGCGGCUGACACCGUGACGGGGCUGAGCGGCCCUCUUGUUUUCGACGCCAGCGGAGAUCGACUCGGCACCUUGAAGGUGCUCAACUACCGGCUGCUCACCGAAGCUUCUCAGUCGGGGCGCCGACUUAGCUCAGUACUUCUGCCGAGCUCGUUGCUUGAGUUCUCAAUCGUGGGCAUCUACUCUACCGCAACCUCGACGUUGCAGCUGCCAGACGUUGGCGCUCUCGUCUUCUCCGGGGGAUCGACGGAGGUGCCACAGCACUCCUCCCCUCCUCCGCCGCCUCCGCCGCCUCCGCCGCCAUCACCUCCUCCUGAGCUGCCGUUGAGCUCCGGAGUACUCGUCGUGAUCGUCUUGCUUUCGGCCCUGACCCCCGUCGUCGUGGUUUGGGUCGCCGUUCGAGAGUGGCGCCGUCGGCGGGAGCGCGAGCACGAACGGACAAGACAGCAGUGGCUGAGAUAUCUCUCAACGGGACAGCCCGUGCAGCUGGAGCCGCUCACAAACGGCAACAAGUACCAUCUGUUUCUUUCCCAUUCGUGGCUUUCCGGACAGGAUGCUGUCCGAGUGAUGAAGGAACGGCUGCUAAAUCUGUUGCCGGACACGAAGAUCUUUCUCGACGUGGACGACUUGGCGUCCGGGCGAGGCGCAGCCGAGGUUGCUGCGUCGGAGAUUCUCAUCGUCUUUUUGUCGGACGGCUACCUCACGCGCCCCAACACCGUGCGCGAACUGCUUCGGGCGAUGACUCUGCAAAAAAUCAUCAUCACCGUCUACGAUGAGCGCAGCGUCUACAUGGACAAAGAUGUGCUCGGAGCAGCGAUCGACGCAGCUUGCCUGAACCUUUCGAGGUGGGCUCUCGACGGCGACUUGGCGGCCUGGGGCGCAGAGGUCCCGACCACGGCCGACAUCUUUGCUGCACUGACAGCCCGGCCUCUGCUGUGGACUCGUGUUCCAGCUUUCAUGAACGUCACUUUGCAGGCGUGCGUGACACCGCUGGUUCAGCCCAAGGCGCCCAUCUUGCAAUCUGUCCCGUCUUGGGCGCAGAAGGGGCUUGGUCGCGCAGACGGGAAAGCGAGUCUCUCCCCGGAGGUGCUCGAGCGCGCAAUCGAGAUGAUGCAGAUUGCUGCUGAGCCUGGCGAGGCGGCUUCGAUGAGCCUGUACACGCGAGCCGGCAUUGGCUUCACCUGGCAGAGGCUCCGCGCUGGAGAGAGGUUUCGACUCUACGCCAGCCCACACAACCCCGGCGCGCUCGAGCUCACCCAGGAGCUGUCUUGCCUGCUGCGGCACCUCGACAUAGAGCUCGAAGUGACGACCUCCGUCGCCGACCUCACGGCCUGCAGCCACAUGCUGCUGUACCUCGACAAGCGCACCUGGACGGAGAAUGACCAGCGGAUAGCUGCGCUCUCGAGCGACGUGAAGGCCGCCCUGGCCAAGCGCGUCCACCUGCUUCUGGUUCACGAGAGCGAGCCGUUUGAGUACAUGGAGGGCAGCCACGCCGGCGUCAAGUUCGACGACCUCUUCGACUGCGUGGAUGGCGCGACCCCCAUCGAGCUGCUUCAGCGAAAGGUCUACUCGGAGGUUGCGGUGCCGCUCAAAGAAGGCAUCUAUCGGCCCGCAAGCCUGCUGCUGCUCGCACGCGCUGUCGGCGACCAGACGCGGGCUUCGGCGCUGCGGCAGCUCACUUCUUCCUCCAAAGAGCUGCGCCUGCCCUCUACGACUUUUGCGGAGGGCAGAGCGAGUCUGAUGAGCCGGAGCAAACAUGACCGCUUGAGCCUGUAG